GGGAAGGAGGGGGCGGUGAGAAGCGGAGCUGUGAUGCAGACAGCGGAUCACAUGAGCACGGAUCUGUUUACAAACUGAAGUGGAGCACAGAGACGAGGAAGAAGAGAGGAGCGCGGUGAACGUGAGAGGAACAGACGAGAGAAGAGAGGAGAGGCUGAAUCCGCAUUAGCCGCAGUGUAUCAACCCUCCAGGAAGAGAUGAGGAGCUGCUUUCCACAGCAACGUUACUGAGGCUCACUGACUGACUGACUGACUGCCUGACUGCCGGGGGAACCCAUCCAUGUCCUCCCCUUUGUCUCUCCAUAAUUGGCCACGGCAGGUUUUCACAGCCUUGAGAGGAGGACAGCGACGUGGAGGUCUGGAGAAGAGAGGAGAGAGUGACAGAGGAGAGAAAGCAGGAGAAGGAAGAGCCUCAUAACGAUGAUCUGAAGAGGAGACGAAGCUAAACAGCAGGGAGUCGUGCUUGGACAGGUUUAUUUCCAGAGCGCUGGGUUGGAUUUUGAGCUUUUUUCCUCAUAUUGUCUGUGGCAUUGGUGUCUUUUCAUCCACGUCGCCCACAGGAUUGUCUCCAUGCUGAGGAAGGACACAGCUGGGAGUCUAAAUCUCUACUGAGGUGGAUGUUUUGUAGUUAAUAAUCUCUGCUGACUGAUUUAUUACUCUGUUGAGUUGAGCAGCUGCUUGCUGGGCUGAUGUCUUCUUGAAGAACUGGAAUCUCAGGUCUAUUUACUCCAGACCACAAGGAUAUAACUCUCACCAUCAACUCUCAGGGUCACCUAGUCUGAACUUAAAAGGUAGUGGACAUUAUAUCCACCGCCGAUCCCCUUUUAAACAAACUUCACAAAAGUUGUGGAAAUUUGUGAAGCUUUGCCAUCUGAACAGCUGCAUUUAAUGCAUCCUGUCAAAUGGUGUAACGGGUGUCUGUGUGACCUUGGAUUGCAGAACUCCAAACUCCACUGCAAGAUGACGUCCGAGGAGCUCUUCAACCUGCCACUCAACAUCUACAUCAUCAUCCUGGGCAUUGGCCUCUUCGUCCUCAUGCUCAGCCUCAUCUUCUGCUGCUACCUCUUCAGAUUGAGGCGACGAGGUGCUCGAGAACAGUAUGGCUACAGUGAGGUUGUUUUGAAAGGAGCGGAGAAGAAACUGAGCCUUCUUGGCCAAACAUGUGCGGUGUGUUUAGAAGAGUUUCGCAGUAAGGACGAGCUCGGGGUGUGCCCUUGUUCACAUGCUUUUCACAAGAAGUGUCUGCUAAAAUGGUUAGAAAUCCGCAGCGUCUGUCCCAUGUGCAACAAGCCCAUUUGUCGCCUCCAGCCGGACCCCCCACAAGCACCCGAGCGGCGACAAAGUCUCCUGGAGGUCUGAGAGGGAAACGCAUGUCCAGCAGUACCUCACGUUCUCCACUAAAUAGACAUCUGUCACUAUAGAGGGUCCUGUUUCACUGUCCAACAGACUGUAUUAAUAGUAAAGCAUUUUGAGGCAGAGCUACUGUGGGAGAAGAAAUUGUAUUAACUGGACAUAGGGAGCCAAAGAACCUAACAAGCAAACUGAGACAUAUACGUCACAUGAGGCCAAGUGUAAACAACCAUCGUCUUUGCAGUCACCUGAGGCGUGAAAUGUGAAUGUUUGUUAAAUUCGCUGUAAAGGGAUGAAAGGACUGCAUUGUAGGUGGUGGAUGAGAGGUGUCAUGGACCUCCUCCUCUGUCGGGUGGUGGUUUCUCUUCUUUGACGUAGAUGGCCUCCUUCACUCCUCUUUCAAACCACCUGUCCUUCCGAUCUAAAAUAUGUGUGAUUGUUAUCAUUGGAGGUGUGUCCCUUAUCUUUAGGUGUAAGUAAACACACAAAGUGUGUGCUCCUGUGUUGAGCCAUGCAUUUGUUUAUUGGUUGGUUAGUUUCACCCGUAUGUGCAUUCCUCACUGCAUUGGACAGCAGACACUAGAUUUCUUUUCCGGGUGUGUGGUCUUUUGGAUGUACCAGUUCAUGUCCUAGUGUGUUGCUGAGUUUGAAAUACACAGGGAUGCAGUACUUGUUGAAGAUCAGUGUCUCAAAUACUCCAGACAUGCAUAAGAUGGCAGUGUUGUUGGCACAUUAUCAUCUUGGUACUGAUAUCUCCUAGCUUGUGUUCCAGUGGAGCUGGAGGAACUUUCCUCAGGAACUAGGAAACUUUGCAGGAACUGCAGUGGAACCGGGGUCGCAAUUAAGAUCAGUGGAAAUCUUUUUACCCCCAAAAAGUCUCUUAACUGGAAGGGGUACUUUGGAAAAGUAUAGAAAUCUUUGGGGUGGGGUUUGCAAUUUUGAAGAGUCCUGAUUGGUCGAGUAUUCCUGCAAUAGCUUGUAAAAUAAUUAUUCAUGAAUCGAGCAUUUGAGGUGUUUUCAAUGCACCUUUUUACAGCGCUCUUGUCUCAUCAAGCAUUAAAUUAAGAUUGACAGCAGCAUGGUUUUAAUCUCUUCCAUGUUUACUGCUGUUUUGCUCGAUUUGUACAGUGUCAUCGUUAUCAAUCUUUUGCAUUGUGGCCUCCUGGUGGACUGGGGUGGAAAAGCUUGUUGUAGCCAUUGGUUGUUCCUACAUUAGCAGGCUGAUUUGCCAAAUCUCUCCUGGUCUAUAGAUGGUGGUGGAAACACUGGUGAACAGGUGUGCAGGAACCUUUUAGUUCCUUGAAAAAAGUUCCUGCAUGGGGUCUAAAAGUUCCAGUUACUUUGGUUGCAACACAGCUCAUGUGUAGGUACUCCUGUGUGUGAAUAGGUUUAGAUCGUGCCAAGAUUACCAAGAUAGCUAGAGAGCCGUGAAGCUAUAGGCUCCUUCUCAAUCUUUGGGUAACAACACAGAUUAGAUGUUCAUAUCUUUCUUGUCUUAUUCUUGUUUUUUGUAGCAAGAGCACAUCUGCUUGUCUUUUCCAGUGGCCUUCAGUUUAAUAUUAGUCCUAGUUAUACAGUAACCUAUAGAAGUAUGAUUCAUCCACUGAGCUGUGAUCAUCCAUCAGGCAGAGAUGUGGGUGCAACUGUGACAUAAACACAACAGCAUCAAGGAUUUAGCAUUCUUCACGACCAUCAAAUUCACAGCAUCAUCACAAGCAGUAUAUUCUGUUGCUAUAGUGUCAUUGUCAGAAUAUGGAGAAACCAGCCCCAUGUCACCGGCUGAGGAUCUGACCACAUUUUAAUACAUAUUCUAAAUGCAGGUAAUUCCAAAUGGUUUACUUUCUUUUUUUCUCUCCACUGUAUUCAAGUUGCAAGUGGAGUCAGAUGACAUACUAACAUCUUUAGAAAGGGUCUCUCUAUGUGACACAAACAGUUGUUUUGGGCCCUCAGCCAUUUCUGGGAUGUUGAUGUGUCGUGUCACUUCUGUAACUCAGCUAAUGAGAUUAUUUCUGCCUCCAGAGCAGCUCUGCCUCUGAGCCACGUUUGUAUGACAGUUUGGCCCAUAAUUAUAUGCAGGUCCAUGUAAAUGUGAUGUGUCUGGGCCUUUAGCCUCAACUUAAGAGGCUGGAGCUUGGAAAGAGGAAGAUUCAACCACCAGACAACACCAGACAACUGUUCUUGCCCCAGCAUUGAUGGGUAAUGCAGAGACUGCCGUGAAAGAUGUAGAACAUUUACAAUCAAAAUAACAUAAAGUCCUGUUUAAUUGAACAAAACAGGUUAACAUUUAACUUUAGAUUGAGUGUUGUGGUGUGUGUGUUUUGACUGUAAUCUUCUAUUAUCUCACAGUCGAUCAGCUCCAUCCCACAGUAUGUUGCCAAGCUUAAUGAAGGUAAUGAAGCCCUAAAUGACAACACAUUGGAGCCAUAUGAGAUCUAAGAGAAAAGACAACUACAUGCUGUCAUACGCCUGUUCAGCUACAACAAAAGGUCUGAAGUGACUUAACCACAAAAUACACAUGAAUACAUACAGGGUUUUUAAGUUAUUUUUAAGAACUAUUUUGUAUCAUAACUGGCUCUCAAUAAAGGGCAUAGUAUGUCAGCUACAACACUUUGACUGUCAUUUGUCUAACGGUAGGCCAUCAUCGAUGUGAGACAAUGUGAGAGAUAAAGCGACCAUUCAUCAAAUUAAUCUAAGCCCCUGACGUUUAAGAAGCACUCUGUAAGGUUAUAAAUAGAAACACUGCACUGAUAUGAGGAACCUGUUUGAGCUGGUUUCUUGUCUGAGUGAGGUGCCUUUGAACACCAUUCUAUAAGGGUAGGAAUACAUUAUGAGUACUGUGCAAAUUGUAAAUGCUUUGAAUUUUCUAUUUCUGAAAAAAUACAGAAUCCGUGUUUUGAUAUUGUCAA